AUUAUUGAUGUUUUAAACGUAUAUUUGCGUCUCGCGAUUGUUUAGCUAAGUUUUCAAAAUGCCUUGCAAGUGCUGCAUUCCUAAUUGUGCCGGUAAUUACGGGAAGGGUCCGAAGGUACACGUAUUUUCGUUUUCAUUAAAUGAAAACUGUCGUAAAAGAUGACUCAAUGCAAUCCCUCGUAGUGAUUUAGUGGUCACAAAAAACAGCAGAGUACGCGAUUUGCACUAUGCUGAGGACAGCAUCAUUUGGGAAUCCACCUUCCAUGACGAAAAGACAGGUAGGACCAUUACUGUACCCCCUUAAGACAUAUCAAGCAGAAGAAGCCGAGAUGAGAAAUUGAGGGACAAGGAACAAGAACAACUACUUAAGGCACAGCAAAGUAGCAUUGAUGGUAAUUCCUCCUAUCCAAAAUCAACAAGUUUUCAAAAUUAUUCAGACUUUCUCACAGUUUUCAGUUCAUGGCAAUGUCCAUAUGGGUGGCAUAAAAUUGUUCAGGAUAAAGUUACUUUGUUUAAGUUAGAAUAUAAACCAGCACCAACAUAACUCACUCUGUAAUUGUUGAUAAAGA